CGCACGAUGGACCAGCAGCAGGAGGCUGCAGUCGCGGCGGCAGCUGAGGCGGAGGCUGACGAGGAGGCGGAUCCCGCGGCGGCAGUGACUCUCAAACUGUGGACCCUGGACCAGCAGCAGCAUCUGGGAACCAUUAGAAAUGCAAAUUCUCAGGCCCAACCCCACACCUGUUUGAGAGGAGGUGCAGCCAUCUGUGUUUGAACAAGCUCGCCAGAGUUGCAAACACCCCAGGUUACCGAGGACAGGGACCCAGAACCCAGUCGAAUGCAGAUGCCGCGGGGGAACCCGCUGCUGCUGUCUUACACCCUGCAGGAGCUGCUAGCCAGGGACACUGUGCAGGUGGAGCUCAUUCCAGAGAAGAAGGGCCUCUUCCUGAAGCACGUGGAAUAUGAGGUUUCCAGCCAGCGCUUCAAGUCCUCUGUGUACAGACGGUACAAUGACUUUGUGGUCUUCCAUGACAUGCUGCUGCACAGGUUCCCGUAUCGCAUGGUGCCGGCCCUGCCACCCAAGAGGAUGCUGGGAGCCGACAGGGAAUUCAUCGAGGCCAGGAGGAGAGCCCUGAAGCGCUUCAUUAACCUGGUGGCCCGGCACCCCCUGUUCUCCGAGGAUGUCAUCCUCAAGCUGUUCCUCUCGUUCAGCGGUUCAGAUGUGCAGAACAAGUUAAAGGAGUCAGCUCAGUUUGUUGGAGAUGAAUUCAUGAAUUGUAAACUGGCUACUAGGGCUAAGGACUUCCUGCCGGCUGACAUCCAGACGCAGUUUGCUGUCAGCCGGGAACUGAUCCGAAAUAUCUACAACGGCUUUUACAAGCUUCGCGACAGGGCCGAGCGGAUCGCGUCGAGGGCCAUUGACAAUGCUGCUGACCUUCUCAUCUUUGGGAAGGAGUUAAGUGCGUUAGGGUCUGACACGACCCCGCUGCCCUCCUGGGCCACUCUGAACAGCAGCACGUGGGGGGCCCUUAAGCAGGCCCUGAAAGGCCUGUCUGUGGAGUUUGCACUGCUUGCUGACAAGGCCGCACAACAGGGUAAACAGGAAGAGAAUGAUGUGGUGGAGAAACUGAACCUCUUCCUGGAUUUGCUCCAGUCCUACAAAGACCUGUGCGAGCGGCACGAGCGGGGGGUGCUGCACAAGCACCAGCGGGCCCUGCACAAGUACAGCCUGAUGAAGAGGCAGAUGAUGAGUGCGGCCGUGCAGAACCGUGAGCCCGAGUCCGUGGAGCAGCUCGAGUCCCGCAUCGUGGAGCAAGAGAAUGCGAUUCAGACGAUGGAGCUUCGGAACUAUUUCUCCCUGUACUGCCUGCACCAGGAGACGCAGCUCAUCCACGUCUACCUGCCCCUCACCUCCCACAUCCUCGGGGCGUUCGUGAACUCCCAGAUCCAAGGGCACAAGGAGAUGAGCAAGGUAUGGAACGACCUGAAGCCCAAGCUGAGCUGCCUCUUUGCGGGACCGCACAGUUCGCUGACCCCGCCGCGCUCCCCACCAGAGGAUGGCGUGUGUCCUCACUAGUGCCUGAGGCCUGCGACGAGAGCUCCUUGCAGCCUCACUAAAGCCUCUUUCCAAA